AAAGCCCGCCAGACCCUCUUCGACGAGGGCCUGCAGAUACGCCGAGAGGUGACGGGCGCCGCGCACGUCGAGCGCUCGUGGGCCGCCGCGCCGGACUUCUCGCGCCCCAUGCAGGAGCUGGCGACCGAGGCGGGCUGGGGCCUGAUCUGGGGCCGGGGGGACGGCGGCGGCGGCGGGCUGGACCGCCCCACGCGCUCGCUCCUCAACGUCGCCAUGCUCACCGCCCUGGGCAAGGGCACGGAGCUCGCCGUCCACGUCCGCGGCGCCCUCAACAACGGCUGCACCGAGCUCCAGGUCCAGGAGGCCCUGCUGCAGGCCGCUGUCUAUGCCGGCUUGCCGGCCGGGCUCGAGGGGUUCAGGAUCGCGCAGAAGGUCGUGGAUGAG